CUGGAGAUCCGGCGACCCAUUCAGGCUAUUUUUACUACCCUCUUACACCAGGAAAGCCAUGACAUGACUCUACCUAGGCCCAUGCAAGCCGCCUUCUUGCUUGAGUCACGUAAUCAGCCAUUCGUUUUUUGUCAGUCCUUCUUCUCGUCUCUCGCCUUCUCCGGCACCUUCUCGCGCAUGCAUGUAUGCUCCAUAAUGCGGGCCAUGGCUGUAGGACUGAUGCUACGUGCCCAUUGCCCCAGGGAGGGCUGCUGAUCCCGAUGCUGCUAGAAGCACGACCGCCGAACUGUCAUUAUGCCCCGCUUAGCUGAAGCUGAUAAACAGGGCGCAAUGUGUAAGCAGCUUGGCCGUAAGGAGCUCCGCACUAGAGUAAUAGCUGAAGCAACGUCUUUCUUUGAACGAACAUGGAGCCAAAUGAACGACAUGGCCGUGGGAAGCAAGAGGAGGCAGCGGAGCAAUAUGGGUUCCAAGAUCAGGGCGUCGCUUCGUUCAACCAAUGGUAUGCCAUGCCGGGGGUUGAGCAAAAUCAAAAUCCGCCCUCUUGGGACUAUGGCGGCACGAUGACCUGGUGGGCAUCAUCUGGGACACAACAAGCUUUCCCUUCCUACGGGACAUUACAAACUCCAUCCGGCGCCGGUUGGCCAGAACCGCAAUUUCUCCAAGGAAAUUUUGGGCUCCAGAACGGCCCGUAUGGCGGAUACAUACCAACGCCCUUGCCAGACGCCCAAGAACCGAACGCUACGCCAGUGCCUCCAGACCAUGGCUUCAAUUACAUCUUCAGCACUCCUCCCUUAGGACAGUCGCCUGCCGCCACUGAGGAAUAUGAACAAGCGAGUCCAGAGACACAAAGAGGACGACAGCGCAUCCCUCCCCAAGCCAAGGCAGUGCUCCAAAAAUGGUUCGAUGACCACCGAGAAGACCCUUAUGUGGACAAGGAGGAAGUUUUAAAUCUCUCAAAGGCCACCGGAUUGACAGGACGACAGGUUCGCACGUUCUUUGCAAACGCCAGAGCGAGGAAGCUUUCGAUGUACCAUAGCACGCCUUCCCGAGACUCGGCAACGUCGGGAGGCGAAGAGGGCAGUCCAAGCAAAAAGGAAAAAGCAAACGUUCGGAGAGGGAAGCAGCCCGUACCUGUAACCAUUCAGACUCUUUCCGCAAUGUCCACUCAGGCUCCAUCGCCGGUAGAACAGGAUCCCAUGGAGCGGUACCUGUCGAGCUCUCCAGAGGAAGAAGGGUUCUCGGAGGACAUACUGCUGCAGCACCCGGCGGCCUCGAUAUCUCCUUCUCACACGUCCUCGCACAAACUCUCCCGCCACGUGCAUGCAGAGGAGCAGCACUCCGAGGCCGCAUUCAGCAGCCACUCGGGCUCGAACUCGUCGCACGCAAGCCUCGACUCGGCCGCCAACUACGCCCCCCGCCGCGGCCGCAAACGCCACCGCGUCUUCUCCUUCCAUGGCGGCGGGCCCAGCACCGGCGGCGCGAGCAGCAGUGGCAGUAGCAGCAACAUCAGCGUCGCCCGCCCGCGCGCAGACCCCCAUCGCAUCUACCAGUGCACGUUCUGCGUGCGCGACUUUGCGCAGAAGUACGACUGGCGGCGCCACGAAGAAUCGGUGCAUCUCCCGCAGAAAGAAUGGGUGUGCAUGCCCGACGGGCCCGCGACGCGCAGCCCCUGCCCCUCUUCCACCACCACCACCACCACCACCAGCGCCGUCACCAACGACGUCCACUGCGUCUUCUGCAACGCCCCCAACCCCUCCGCCGCGCACCUCGCCACCCACAACGUCGCGCCCUGCCUCGCCGCCCCGCUCUCCGCCCGCACCUUCACGCGCAAAGACAAGCUAAUACAGCACCUCGGCCAAGUGCACCGGCACGCACCCGCCGCAGCCGCAAACGUCGGCGCCUGGUGCCGCCGCGUCGAGCGCGGCGCGCCGCUCGUGCUGGCCUGCGGCUUCUGCGGCUUGGCGCCCUUGCGCGAUUGGCCGGCUCGCGUCGAGCAUGUCGCGGCGCAUUUUGCUGAGGGCUUGGAUAUGGCGCUGUGGGUUGGGGGGCCGGGGGGCGUGGCAUUUAAGGCGGGUGUGGCGACGGAGUCCCGAGUGCCAGUGCUGGGCCCGCCGCCCCUGCUGCAAUAUCGUUGCGCGCUCUGUUCGGCGGUUUUUGCGACGGGGGCUGAUGCCGUCUUUCAUGAGCGGCUGGCGCAUCGCGUGUGGCGGGCGAGGCCACAGGCGGGUGAAGGCGCGGCGCGGGAGGCGUUGCCUGCGUCUGGGAUGGUGCUGGGGCGGGGAGGGGGUGGGAGAUGAGCGAUAGAGGAAAGUUGGAGACUGAGGUUGUUUGUUGGGGUGUAUAUAGGUAUUUUGUGGAAAGGGAAAAGGAAAGGGAGAUUGUUGAUGAUGAUGCACAGACGUACAUAGAGAUGUAGAAGACUCGAAUAAAGAAAAGAUAGAACGCGUGUAUGUAGUCCAUGUUCAAGCCUAGAUAGCUUUCAGUACAUUUUCGAGUAUCG